GCGAUCUUCCCAAAAACCCUAGGCUGUCUCGUCGAGGCUUACUUCGCCGCUUCUCUUAUAAGAAAGGCCCCAUUCAUUUCAGUCCUUUCACUCUCCUUUGGCGGCGGUGAGUUUCCUCUCGCAAUACAGGGUUGCUUUUGUUGCUGCUGACAAUUAUGGCUGAGCGUGGCGGAGAUCGUGGUGGUUUUGGACGUGGCUUCGGCGGCCGUGGUCGCGGCGAUCGUGGCCGUGGUGGACGACGCCGAGCUGGUGGUCGCCGUGAAGAGGAGGAGAAAUGGGUUCCGGUGACAAAGCUUGGCCGUCUCGUCAAGGAGGGAAAGAUCCGCAGUCUUGAACAAAUCUAUCUUCAUUCUCUCCCGAUCAAGGAGCACCAAAUUGUUGAUACCUUGGUUGGUCCCAGCCUCAAAGAUGAAGUCAUGAAGAUUAUGCCCGUACAGAAACAGACCAGGGCUGGGCAGAGAACUCGGUUCAAGGCAUUUGUUGUCGUUGGUGACGGAAACGGACACGUGGGCCUCGGCGUUAAGUGUAGCAAGGAGGUUGCCACGGCCAUUCGUGGUGCUAUUAUACUCGCCAAGCUCUCCGUAAUUCCUGUGAGAAGAGGUUACUGGGGUAACAAGAUCGGGAAGCCCCACACUGUCCCGUGCAAGGUUACUGGUAAGUGUGGUUCAGUCACUGUGCGGAUGGUGCCCGCACCUCGUGGUGCUGGAAUUGUUGCUGCUAGGGUGCCGAAGAAGGUAUUGCAAUUCGCAGGGAUCGAGGAUGUCUUCACUUCUUCAAGAGGGUCGACUAAGACUCUUGGAAAUUUUGUCAAGGCCACUUUUGACUGUUUGCUGAAAACCUACGGGUUCCUAACGCCUGAGUUCUGGAGGGAGACUCGCUUCACCAAAUCUCCAUUCCAAGAGUACACAGAUCUGUUGGCUAAAACUGCUGGUAAGGCACUAAUCCUGGAGGAAGAAAGAGUCGAAGCUUGAACCUGCCAGGAUUCAUUGGAUUUUAAGAAUCCGGUGAUAGGAACUAGUAACAUACAUAUUUCUGGUCAUGUAUGUUUCCUUUUGUGUUCAGGAACACCAUGUUUAUUUUUGGUUUUGCCGUUUUAAGUUUCAAUUCAAUGGACAUUAACCCAUUUUCGAAUACGAAACUUUGUUACGUGA